AUGUUGAAUGAUAACUAUUUCAGUAAUAUAAAGACUAUAUGUUAUCUUCCUGGCGGUGAGAGUUUUAAUUGGUUUUGUAUAGUGACCUGUUCAAUUGAAUUGAAGUUCUGUAAGGCGUUAGAGCCCAUAUUAUCCAUAUUGAGUGGAGUAGAGCUAGGCGAUACAGAAAAGAUAAUAACAAAUCUCAACGUAGUGACAGAAUGUCUGAAAGACGUCAAAAGUGAAAUAGGAAAAUUGCAUGAAAAACUUACAGGUGAAGUGUUCUUUAAAUUGAUCAGUCCAUAUCUUUCUGGGUGGGAUGGAGAAUUAGGUACUCCACCUGGCUUGAUAUUUGACGGAAUUGAAAAUAACCACCCACUUAAGUUACCAUCAGGAAAUGCUGGACAAAGUGCAAUUAUACAGAUUAUGGAUGCACUGCUUGGAAUAGAACACUCAGAGGAAAAGACCACCUAUCUCAAAUUUGUAAGAAGUUUUAUUAUACCUAAACAUUGUCAGUUUAUAGAGGAUAUUAGAAAUAUCCAUAAACCUCUGAAAAACUUGAUUGAUAACAGUACUGAUGAAGAAUUAAAGAAAACAUACAGAAAUUGUGUUGAUGCACUUACUUCAUUUAGAAGUUAUCAUAUACAAGUUGUCACCAAGUAUAUGGUUAUACCAGACAGAAAAAUGAAAAGAGAAUCUGGAAAUGUUGAUAUCAAUGAUCCCGGUACAUCAGGUGUAAUUACAUUCCUGAAAGAAUUGCGACAAGAUACGAAAAAUACUACUACUAAUUCCUAG